AUGUUCAGCAAAGCACUUAUUCUUGCCUUGAUCCCGACUGCAUUCGGUCAUAUGGGACUUUUCCACCCUUCUGCCUACGAUUUCAAUGGCGAUGGUUACACUCUCGUCGAACCUUUGAGCGGUCAAUCGUUCAAUAGCUGGUGGUUCCAUGGCAACAUUGGAAAAUCCACUGGUGAAGUGAUGGAACUCCCCGCUGGUGGCUCGGUUUCGCUGGAACUUUCCUGCAACAAACAGUUCACUUCAUACGGAAACGCUGGUGACGGCUCCACUGCCUGCCCCGACGAUAUCCCUUCUUACCAUGCCGGCACCCCUAUCAAAAACUCAGAGAUCCUUGGGUGUGGUCUUGCAAUCGCAUAUAAGGACUCUGCUGCGUCUGUCAAUCCAUCGGACUUUACGAUCUUCUCAGUCAACACUGAUUGCGUUGACAACCUUCACACCUCUUUCGAUGUGCCGGCGGGGAUGCCGGAAUGCCCGAACGGAAAGUGUAUCUGUGCAUGGUUCUGGCAGGGACAAGCCAGUGCCGACGAGAUGUACAUGACUGGUUUUGACUGCACUAUCACUGGGUCAACUUCCACCAAGUCCGUAGGUGCAGGCCAGCCGCCAAAAUAUUGCCCCAAUGGCGGAUGUGUCUCGGGUCCCAAGCAGCCAAUGUACUGGGCCAACGACAACUCAAAUGUCAACUACGAUGGCGUCUACACACACAAGCCCUCAUACAACUCAGCAUGGGGUUUCUCCAACGGCGCUCAGAACGAUAUCUUCGAGGGUAGCUCAUCGUCCCCCACUAGCGUAGCAUCUUCUCCUACUUCUCGUGCCGGAUCUCCGUCUCCCACAACUCUCGUCACAUCCACCAGGAAAUCUCAACCAACAGGCGGAGCUACCUGCUCAUGGCCCGGUCACUGUGCGGGCGCUAGCUGCUCUGAUGAGAACGACUGCUCGGACUCAUUGACCUGCCAGAGCGGAAAAUGCGCUUAA